UUUUUAGGACAGUAACUUAGGUCAAUUUCAAAAUUAGGACAAUAAAUUUCGGGCUUGUAAAAGUAGGACACUAAUUAUUAAGUAUUGCACCCGCAGGACAAUUCUGGGCCCAUUAUCAAAUUUCGGGCUUAAUCUAAUGAUGUGUUAAUUCUCAAAUUCCAUGUCAUUAAAAAUAAGAGUGAAUUUGCCACAUAAUCAACCCACCCAUGAUUCAUCAACUUCCCCAUUCCAUAACUUACGUGAAAUUGUUUCUCCAAGAUAGUGAAGGGUUUGAAGACAUUCUCUGCAACUAAAGCUUGAACCCCCCAAAUUUCUCAUUGGUGCGACAAUGGUGAAAGUAAGAGAGAAGAGAUAUUUGCAUCAACCUCCUCCCAUGUACAAAAUUGACAAAGGUUAUCUAUCAGUUAAUAUUCAUUAUGAUGGUGCAUUUGUUUCAUCACCUAGUGCAAAAUAUGUUGGGGGUGAUCGAAUGAUAUUAGACUAUGUUGUUGCUAAGCAAUUGAGCUUACAAUCUUUAAGGAAUAGUGUUUCUGAGUGGUUGUUAUGUGAUGGAGACAUAAGGUUGUUUAUAUUACAAGAUAACAUGUUUAGAUUGAUGUCCUCUGAUGUUGAAGUUAAAGAGUAUUGUCUAGGGAGUUUGGCUAAAAGACAAGUUGACUUUUAUGUAGAAGAAGAUAAGAAUGGCUCAUUGAAUGUUGGGGAGGAUGUUACAGAAAUUGAUGUGAAUCUAGGAAGUACUUUUGUUUCGAUAGAUGUUGAGGGAAGUAAGGACUAUGAUGAUAGAAUGGUUAUGGCUAAUGUAGAUGACAGAUCAAAGGACUUUUCUGAUGGUGAUUAUAAUAUGGUAGAAGACUCUGAUGAACAAGAUGAUGAUGACGCAUCAUUCUAUCAAUAUGUGUCAAAAGAUCUUGAUUUUCAUGAGGACGAAUCUGGUGGGGAGAGUGACCAAGAGGCUGAUGUCGUGCAUACUAAUUUUGAUGAGUAUAAGGACUCUGAUGGUGAGUUGGAGGCAGCGAGUAAUCCGGUCUUCAAUCCUGAAGUUAUAUUUGAACCUGAUUUUGAAUUGGGUAUGAUAUUUACUUCUAGGGAACAAUUUAGGAAGGCUGUCCAGUCUCAUGCAAUUAGAACGAAAAGAUCCUUAAAGUUUACAAAGACUGCACCUACGAGAGUAUAUGUAAAAUGUGAAGAUAAAGAGUGUAACUGGAGUAUUCAUCUUACCAAAUUGAAAGAUGAAGACACUUUUCAUAUUAGGAAGUAUGUGAGUAAUCACAAAUGUGACAAGACAUUUCAUGUGAAGAAUAUGAAGUCCACAUGGUUGAGUGAGAAGUAUUUAAAUAAAUUUGUUGCAGACCGCACAAGAAAUGUGCAAGCUUUUAGGAAGGAUGCAAUAGCUGAGCUAGGCAUUGAGAUAUCAAAAGAGCAGGCAUAUAGAGCUAAAAAACUAGCUCUAAAAAAACUUGAGGGAGAUCCUGAUGAGCAGUAUGCUAAAUUGUAGGAAUAUUCU